AUGGACCAGCAGUGGACAGCCUACUCCGAAGCGCCCGGUGGUGCGGCCCGCCAGGCGCGGUACGCUCCGCACACCAUGCCCUCCCCUCAGCACUCCCAGAGAGACGUCAGCGUGCCCACGCAAGUCAAACAGGAGCAGUACGCAUCGCCCACGGCCCCCUCGCGCCAGAACUCAGUUGCCAUGCAGUCGCCCGGUGGCAGCCGUGGCCCCGAAUACAACGACGGAGACGGCGACGUCGCGAUGGAGGAUGCAGACCCCUACAAGCCCAAGUAUAACAUGUCGCGGCCAAACCACCAGCACAGGAACUCGCAGCAAUUCCUGCAGAACGAAGAAAGCGCAGCAGCGCGGAGAUACUCGCCCAUGAAUUUGUCGCCAACAUCGCCCUAUACUGGUAACCCACAGCAGGGCGGGCAAAACUACACCACCUUCUCGCCACAGGCCCAGACGCAAUCGCAGGGCCAGAGCCAGAGUAACCGACAGAGCCCGACGCGGAACAACCCCUAUAUAUCGCCGCCGAACAGCUACUACUCCCCUCCAUCUUCCCGACCGCAUGCGCCCCAACUGCCGCCCAUCCAGUCCAACAUGAGCCCAGAGAGCUUCUACCCGCAAUCUGCAACUGCGCAACUAAAUGCCGUGUACAAUAGGGAGGCACGUUCGCCGCGGACAGCUUCGAACCCCAACCCCCCCCAGCCCCUACCAAUUGGGCGUGGGCCUGUACCCAAGUUCGACAAGGUCACGAAUACAGGUGACUUGCAGCCCAAGAUUAACGCCCAGCCCCCGUUCCGCCGCGCUAAUCCAGAAGGAGGCUUCAUCAGCCCUCUACAAGCUCUAACGGCGCAUUUGCCCAUGACAUACAAGCUGUGCAAUGGCGGAUUCAAUUACCAAUCCUCACGCAAUCCGCGCCGAGUCCUCACGAAGCCAAGCAAAGGAGUUAAAAAUGAUGGUUACGACAACGAGGACAGCGAUUACAUUCUCUACGUCAACGACAUCCUCGGUUCAGAGGAAUCUGGGCACAAGAAUCGUUACCUGAUAUUGGACGUGCUGGGCCAAGGUACAUUCGGACAGGUCGUCAAAUGUCAGAACUUGAAGACGCAAGAGGUAGUCGCAGUAAAGGUCAUCAAGAACCGGACAGCCUACUUCAACCAGAGUAUGAUGGAAGUAUCGGUGCUCGAUCUGUUGAACAAGCAAAUGGACAAGAACGACGAUCACCAUUUACUGAGACUUAAGGAUACCUUUAUCCACAGGCAACAUCUGUGCUUGGUCUUCGAGCUGCUGAGUGUCAAUCUCUACGAAUUGAUCAAGCAGAACCAGUUCCGCGGACUGUCAACAACUCUGGUGCGCGUGUUCGCACAGCAGCUGAUCAAUGGUCUCGCAUUGCUGGGCAAAGCGAAAUUGAUACAUUGCGACUUGAAGCCAGAGAACAUCCUUCUCAAGAAUCUCGAAAGUCCUAUCAUCAAGAUCAUUGAUUUUGGUUCCGCCUGCGACGAACGGCAAACGGUUUACACGUACAUUCAGUCGCGCUUCUAUCGUUCCCCUGAAGUCUUGCUCGGCCUACCAUACUCUGCCGCGAUCGAUAUGUGGUCGUUGGGCUGCAUCGUUGUGGAGUUGUUCCUCGGCCUACCGUUGUUCCCCGGAUCUUCCGAAUACAACCAAGUUUCGAGGAUAACGGAAAUGCUCAGCCUACCGCCGCAUUGGAUGUUAGAGAUGGGCAAGCAAUCGGGUGAGUUCUACGAGAAGACUCAGGAUGAAUAUGGUCGGAAACAGUACCGACUAAAGUCGAUGGAACAAUACUCAAGAGAGCAUGGGACAAAGGAACAACCUAGCAAGAAGUACUUUUCCGCUACGACUUUGCCAGACAUUAUCAAGAACUAUCCAAUGCCGAGGAAGAACAUGAAGCCAAAUGAAAUCGAGCGAGGUAAGCGGAAAAUGGCAAACCGAGCCGCCUUCAUCGACUUCGCGCAAGGGCUGCUCAAUCUGAACCCCCUGGAACGAUGGACACCUGCACAAGCGAAGUUGCAUCCUUUCAUUACACAGGCAAAGUUCACCGGUCCUUUCGUACCACCAAUGACGUUAAAGUCAAGCUCGAGCAGAUCUCCGGCACCUGGUGUACAAGAGCAGCAGCGGUUCGAGGGCAUGAGCAGGCAACGCCAACAGGCGCAGCAGCAAGUUGUCGCCGCACAACAAGCUCAGGCAGCACAAAAUGCAGCGUAUGCUAACAUGCAGAUGAACCAAUAUGCUGCCUCUCAAAGCCCGCACGCUCAGCCGAACAUGUACAACAACAUGUACAGCAAUCAAGCUGCUCCUCCACCUUAUCCAGCUCAGGCCGCAGCAUACGGCCCACAGAUGAAUAUGAUGCAGCCACAACAGCCGCGGCAAUACAAUCAACCUCAGAACCUGUAUGCCCAGGCGACAACACGGGCAGGGCGACAACGAGCAUCCACCAUGGACCAACAACAGUCUGGCCAGUCUGGUAUCCCGCCAGCGCUCCAAAGAGUCAUCAGCCAUUUGGAUCCAAACGCGCCCAUCAGGUUACAGCCAUCGCCCGCCUAUUAUCCGCCCCCUCCGGAUGGCGCCCCAGAGAGUGCGGGGAGCGCGAGAAGGAGAGGGUCGCGAGCAGGGAACUCGGCGAGGCAGCAAAACUUUGUCCGCAAUUUGGAGGAUCGGUCACUUGAGGAGGGUUAUAUGACGCAGAACCAUUGGCAAUGA